CCAGUCCAUUUUGGCGCAAGAGCUUGGCUGGCUCGAGCCGUCCGCUCCGCUGCGCCGCGCUCUGUCGCGAGAGCUUGCGUGGCAGCCCUCCGGAUGCUGCGAGUCACGCUCGUCGCCUGCCUCGGCUUCGCCGCUGCACAGACCGACACACCGCUGCACACUGCAGCCCGCGCGGACGACGCUGGAAAGGUCGAGGCGCUGAUCGCCGAGGCUGCCGAGCUCAAUGCUCUGGGCCAAGGAGGCCAGACGCCGCUCAUGGCCGCGGUUCUCGGAGGUGCGACAAAUGCCGUCAAGGUGCUCCUCGCAAAGGGAGCAGACACGUCUGUCGGCGAAAAGGACGGGUACACGCCCUUCCACGGCGCCGGCUUCCAGGGCCGCGCCGAGAUCGCGAAGCUCCUGAAGGCCCAUGGCCUGGACCCGCUGGACACGCACAGCGAUGGCUACAUUGGCAUGCACCGCGCUUGCUGGGGUAAGGAGCAGCGUCACACGGACACCGUCCGCGCCUUCCUCAAGAUGGGUGUUGACGCAGAGUACAAGGCUGGAAACGGCAAAACCUGUCUGGAAAUGACAUCCAAUGCGGCCACAAAGGACUUUGUUCAGGGCUGGAUUGACCGGAAGAAGAAGAAGAAGGCCGCGGAACUCUGAGGUGAUCUUUCGUUGCGCAUCCCUUUGGAUUAAUUUAGGUGUUACUUCUUGGCAGUGUGAUGUGUGUCAGGCAUGGCUGAAUCGUGCCGUUUUGACGCUUGCCGCUACGGCAGGUGAGGGGGUCUCCGAAGGUGGCUGUUGGAUCAGACAUCGAAAUCGUCUCGUCCAACCCUCUCUUCUUAUCCGAGGUGCUCAUUCUCCACAAGGGUCCCUACGAGGCGUGAUGUGGCCGGGCGAGAAGCGAGUUCCUGGGACGGGGUCGCGAGGUCGUGGGGGGCACGCAGUGGAGAUAACACACCGUCGGAUGUUUGAACCCCGUGCAUCUUUGGCAGGACGAGGUCCGUCCAGUGGCAAUCGUCGCGGGCGG